CUGACUUCAAUAUUCCCCUUGCAUUGCACUGUAAAACCAAAACAAUUCCCCCUUUCCUUCUCUCUCCUCUCUCCUCUCUUUCUCUCUCUAUACAUUUCCUUAUACUAUCUGUGUGUAUAUAUUUUGGGACUUUGGAUAAUAAUGUCAGCUCCAAACAUGGCGACGAUCACUGCCUCGCUUGAGAGAUCUCUUCAAAACUGUUCCCUCAACCAAAGCAGUAUCAGUGGUAGCGGCGGCGGAUUUGGCAGCUCCUCCACCUCAGAUUCGCCGGAAAAUCAUCAUUUCUCUAAUUCCUCCGACACCGCCUUAGAACUCAAUUCCCAAAUCUCUCUCCCUUACCAUUGGGAACAAUGCCUCGAUCUAAAGACAGGAGAGGUAUACUACAUAAACUGGCGGACCGGAAUGAAAGCCAAAGACGAUCCCCGGACGACGGCGGAGUACAGCGGAGAUUUCUAUUCGGAAAACGACAGCUCCUACGACAGCGAAGGCUCGUCAUCGGAGUCUUCGCCACUAUCUUCGUCUGGAGAGCAAUAUCAUCAUCAUCAACAGCACAGCCAUCAUCAGACGGUGGAGAAUCAAAGAGAUGAUCAGGUUCUGGUAGUGGCCGGUUGCAAGAGUUGUCUGAUGUAUUUCAUGGUGCCCAAACAGGUUGAGGAUUGCCCCAAAUGUAACGGUCACCUCCUCCACUUUGAUCGGUCCGGUAAUGGCUCUCCAUGAAUUAUCAUCAUCAUUAUCAACCCAUGUAAUUCUUUUUUUAUUUUUAAUUUUCAACUUUCUCUCUAUAUUUUAAAAUCAUGUGUUUUGAGAGAUUCUCAGUGCGGUUUGAUGUAAUGUGACAAAUGGGUUUUGGUUUUACUAUUAUUUUUCUUCUCUCUUUCUAUUU